AUGGCGGCAGCGGCGGCGCCCGAGGAGGCGGCCUCGGUGGCCGCGGCCCCAACGCCUGCCGCCGAGGCGGCGGCGGCGCCCGAGGAGGCGGCGCCAGUGACCGCGGCCCCGACGCUUGCCGCCGAGAAUGCGGCGGCAGCGGCGGCGCCAGCGCUCAGGCUGCUGUCGCGAAUCGACCAGCGGCUCGGAGGCUCCAGCGUCGAGGCGGUGGCAGGCGGCGGAGCAGGCGCGGACGCGAGGAGCUACCCCCCGGAGAGGGGCGCGGCAUCAGUUCCGCUGGACGUGGGCGAGACGGCGACCGUUCCGACGGAGGAGGAGCCGGCGACCGCGCCGAAAGAGGAGGAGUUGCGGGGUGCACAGUCCGAGACGGCUUGA